AUGACACGGAAGCGGUGAAGGCCAAUCCAUCAUUGUAAUAAAAUAAAAGCGUUGAACAUGAUUAGUGACGAUGCAACAUCACGGAGAUGCUGCAACUCUCUUCGCAAUCGUGUAAUUAUUUUCAAUCACAGCGUUUACUGUGAUUAAUUUCGCCGGUUAACGCAUCAUUUUUUCUCUAUUUAUUAUAAUGCGUUUAUUGUGGGAAAUAUUAUUAAUUUUUAAUGUAUUAAUUAUUCCCCGGUUUGUGGAAUGUCAGGGGACCUUCGGUGGGUUCGGUGGUGAAGUGUUAGCCACCCAUACCGGCGGUUUAUCCCGUCCCGUCGGCGCGCGUGCCCCCGGUGCUCUGCAGAUUCCCAACGGCAUCGCCGAUGACCUCGUCAGCCCGAAAUUCAACACGGACGCCCCACCAGUGAAUGCAGGAGCCGCCCGGCCGGCACCGGCUCCGCCCGCCGGUGGCGGCGCGCCAGUGUCCCCGUUCAACGUGGCCAAUGAGCAGCCGGCGGAAAUGCCGAUUAUGCCUAACUUGCCUAACCAGUUCAAUCAGUUCCGGUCAGUACAGCCUGGGCAGCAGUUCGGUAAUCAGUUUACAUCCGGUGCGCAGGGUAAUUCGCUAGCGGAUUCCGGCCACUUUGGAUCGGGAUACGGCGGGGAUAAUGAUGGAGGACAUGGCAUGCCCAAUGCCGGGUAUGGAGGGUAUCCGGGACGAGGAGGACUGAGUGGAUACUGGGAGCCGGGAGUGCAUCCGGUGCCCUUGGCAAUGCAGGGAUGGGGCUUGUUCAUACCCCGGCCACCAGUGGAAAUCACGACACCCACCACAACCGUCCCAACCACAACGACCACCGCUCGCCCCACCACCACUACACCGCGCCCCGCGACACCGGCACCCACCCCAGCUCCCGUACCGACCCCCGCGCCCACUCUCGCUCCCACCCCGGCACCCACCACUACAACAACCACCACCCCGCGACCAACGGUUCCCACGACCACCAUGCCGUACAACGCCUACGCCUACGGCAACUACAACAUGGGCACGUACCCGUCGGUGAACUACCCGUCCUACAGCGCCCCCGCCCCGGCCAACUACCAGUCCUACUCCUCGGGAGCCACGCGCAACGUUCCGCAGUUCUUCAUGAUGAACGGGCACCGGGUGAUGCUGACCCCGGUGGAGGAGGGCGGGGCCAAUAAAGAGGCGGGGGUGAUCACUGCGCCCGGCGUGCAGGUAGACGUCAGUGUCCGUACCCCGACGGUGUGCACGCCCCGGUUGUCCAGUACGGCCAAGGGAAUUUGUGUAUCGGAAGCGCAGUUGCAGGUUACUUGUUCCAACAUGAUUAUUUCCAAUUCGGAUGGGUGUACGGAUAAUCAGUUUUGCUGUUUCUCGGAUAGUAACAUGCAGUAACCUGAUGGCAUUGGUGUAUGUUUAAGUUUUUGGUUGACUAGGAACGUGAACAGCUCUUAUGUACGCGAAUACUGGGGCUGACGUUUGUUUCCA